UUUCUGCUGGGAUGCAUUUUCACCUAUCUGAGUUCCACACCUGAUGGCGUGGCUUCUCCAAAGACUUUAGCAAAGUUGGCAUCCACCGAACAGCUCCAACUUCCUGCUGGUUACGAAGUAAAGACAAUCCUUCGGCCUAUCCAGCAACCAAUGGGAAAUGAGAGAUCUCCGAAAAUCAUAUUUGAUGUUGAGGUUCAGAGCUCUAUUCAGAAGCAGCCUUGUGACUGUCAGUUCCGCUGGCAUCGCCAGUUUUACCCCGCCGAGGAGUGGGCUGAACGGGAAAAACAACAGAAGGCAAGCUUACAGCGAAACGAACGACGGAAAAUGGACUUGAAAUAUGUGCACAACCAGGUAAACGGCCUCCUGCCAAUCAGCUACCCUGCACACGGAGUCUUCGUCAGACCUCUUCAGGCAACAAAGCUGACAGGCAUUCGUAUUGAGUGGUUUGACAGUGACGAUAUCACAUCCUCCACUGUCUUAAAGGUUCAUCUCCGAGCAAGGAAAGGCGUCUUUAACUUGCUCGGCAGAGUCGAAGACGUCUCGGUGGAAGGGUCUGAAACCAGCCGCAUGACUAUUCUCACAACCAACCCGUCUCAGCUGAAUCUACAACUCCAACACAUCGUCUACCAGAAUAUUGAGUUUGAUUCCAAUACGGUUGACUUGGUCGAGCUCCACUACAAGGGAUUCAACGUCACAAUACCCAUUCACAUACAGCAGCACAGGCUACCAUGGUUGUAUGAGUACGGGUCUGGAAAGUUCCAGGACAGAGUCACCGUGGUGGUUAAGGCCUUCAUCCGCUACACCAACCUCCGCAGACUCAUCAACAACAUCCACUCGUUCUACCCGGGCACCAGGAUUGUCGUUGCCGACGACAGCCCAGACGAUUUCUACAAGACAGUCGACAUCGACAAUGUUCACCAAUACAAGAUGCCAAAUUACACGGGAUAUUUUGCUGGUCGGAACCUUGGCCUUUCCCAAGUGGUGACGGAGUACUUCCUGUACACAGACGACGACCAAUAUCUUGUUGACGGCAAAAGUGACUUGGAGCGGCUGGUGUCACUGUUGGAUGAGACUGAUAUACAUGUGGUUAGCCUAGCUGGACAAGGCUUUACCAAGAUAAUGGGACAAAUCUUUAAGUACAAGGGAGAAGGCGACGAAACCUGCAUUUACCGAGAGAUUGGCUUCCACUAUCAAGUACCAGGAUAUCCAGACUGUUUCGUGGUGGAUUUUGCGAUGAACUUCAUGCUGGGGUCCACCGCUGACGUCAGAGCUGUCGGGUUCGACCCUCACCGUCUUCUAGCAAUUUCAGCGCAUCGAGAGUUUUAUUAUGCUGCAUAUGGGAGGCUCCGCAUCGCCGUGUGCAUGGACGCCCUGUUCAGUCACGAGCGCCUUGGGGACCCCAACUACGAGAAGUACCAAGCUCGCCGAGCCAACCCAAGCAAAGAUAUGGUUGGUCAGCAGAUGAUGUAUGAACUCUACAAAAACCAUCUGGGCUGCCUUACACCACGGGUCAAGCCUCCGAGUAACGACCCCUUCAAGGAUGCCAUGCAGAAACAACAGAAGAGCCAGCAAACCAACUGAAACGCACCUUGCAGUUCCAAAGGAAGUUGCUAGAGGGCCCAAACUUAUGUCACUUCUUCCCGACCGCAACAUCUAUUUACCAACCAGAAAUUGUGUCAAUAGUAUGUCAAAAAAACGAGAUAUGAAAGCCUGAAGUUCUACUGCAGUACUUUAGAAGUCCGCUUGAGGACCCAAAAUCUUAUCAUUUCGAGAUCUCAUCAAGACCUAUCCCUAAACCAAAUAUAAAGACAAUCAAUGUAGGAAUUCUGGAGUUAUCGUGUUCACAAUAGACAUACAGACAGACACACGCACGCGGUAAUGUUGAGGAAAAUAUUACCAUCUUGGCGAAGCUACAUUCUUGGUGAAGGUACUGAAAUGUAAGAGAACAUCGAAUUUAGAAACAUAUCCAAACAAUUUCAAGGACCUCUCAUUUUUUAAUAUCAACUUUGUUUGCAAUUACUAUGCAAUGUACGCACUAACUUCAUCCCUGAAUUUUGAAAGCAGAUUUGAUCAUGAGCAAACCAACUCUAGGGGCGAUCAG